AUGGGUGACUGGAACCUGCUGGGCAGCAUCCUAGAAGAGGUCCACAUUCAUUCCACCAUCGUGGGCAAGAUCUGGCUCACCAUCCUCUUCAUCUUCCGCAUGCUGAUCCUGGGGGCCGCUGCCGAGGACGUUUGGGACGACGAGCAGUCCGAGUUCGUCUGCAACACGGACCAGCCGGGCUGCAAGGCGGUCUGCUACGACCGGGCCUUCCCCAUCUCCCUCAUCCGAUUCUGGGUCCUGCAGGUCAUCUUUGUCUCGGCGCCCUCGCUGGUCUACAUGGGCCAUGCCCUCUACUGCAUCCGAUCGCUUGAGAAGGAGCGGCACCGCAGGAAGGCCCAGCUGAAGGAGGACCUGGACGAGUUUGAGCUGGAUUCGGAGGAACAUAGGCGUCUGGAGAGGGAGCUGAGGAAGCUGGACGAGCAGAAGAGGGUGAAGAAGGCUCCUCUCAGAGGCUCUCUGCUGAGAACCUACAUCAUCCAUAUCCUAACACGCUCUAUGGUGGAGGUGUGCUUCAUCCUGGGCCAGUAUGUACUCUAUGGUGUCCAACUGGAGCCCCUCUAUAGGUGCGAGAGGCUGCCGUGCCCUAACAGCGUGGACUGUUACAUCUCCAGGCCCACGGAGAAGACCAUCUUCAUGGUCUUCAUGAUCGCCAUUGCUGGUGUGUCACUUUUCCUCAACCUUCUGGAAAUAUCCCACCUGGGCAUCAGGAAAAUCAAACAGACACUGUUUGGAGAGAGGUACACGGAGGAGGACAGUUUUAUUUACAGGUCCAAGAAGAAGGCGUCUUUACCGCACCUGUGUGUGACGAGUAAUGCGUCGCCUCACAACGGGCCCCUGACUCAGACCUUCAAAGUGAUUCCAGAGGCCGACAUGAAGCCUCCUUACUACAACAGUGGGCUCAAAGCCAACCACGACACCACGAGACACAACAGCCUGGCCUAUGUGGGACACACUCAGACCAACUAUAUCUGUCCCCAACCCAGGAUGCCACCAAGGUCUGGCCAGAACUGUGCAGCCCCUCAAACCCAUGAGGGUCAAGAGGUCCACAUGGCUAUGGUGGACCACCAUCCAGCCUGGGCUUCUGCUGGAACCAUGGUAGAGGGGAGUGUAACAGGCCUCCUCGGGGACCCUUGUGAGGGAGAACAGACUCACCCCAGCCACCUGGAGGCUCUGCUGUCCGCUAGCACCUUUAGGCCCAGCGCCAUCAGAGACCUGGACGAGGACAAUCGAAGGGAGUCGAUGGCGAGCGAGGGCCUGAUCCACAACCCGAGGAAGACCAGCUUCAUGAUCAGGCCUCCGUCCGAGAGCCUGUCCUCCAUCAGUGGCUCCACCAGCCAGUCCUUACAUUCCUCAGAGGAGUCCGAUGAGCUGGGCUCCCUGCAGGGGGACAUGCCCAUGAUGCCGCCUGCCGGAGGCCGGAGGAUGUCAAUGGCAAGUAAAGAGCAGAGUGUCUCGUGUCUCAUUUAA